AAAAAGAUUUCGAUCCCACUUAGUGGCUAAAAGAUCACAUGAUUGGGGCUUGUUCAAGGCCCACUACGACUUCGCGUGCAAUCCAUGUCAACACUGAAUCCUUCUUUAGCAUGGGUGACGACUUCUGCAGCGCAAGGGAUCGGUGCCACUGGGAUCCCCAAUUGGAAGCUUGCCGGCGUGUCUGUACGGCUUGGAUGCACGAACGGGUGAGAAAACGUGUUGGAUUUAGUCGUUCUGCAGCUUACUCGGCGUUCCCCUUUUUGGGGUGCGGAAAUACAACUCCUAGGCCGUUAGAUGGAGCCACUGCUCCAUCGCGUGGUUUGGACUGUGACGGCCAGGUUGCCGCUAUCAUCGCUUCUCCAAUAACCCUGACUGCCCCAUCGUCAUGUACUAUCCCUGGUCAUAUUGAAGAGAUGGGGUUUUAUAACGUUAGCAGCUUCAGCGGUUUCUGUCAGUUAUCGUCACCGACUUUCUCAGAUCUUUCGCUGCGCUUCCAUCAAUAACACUUCGGGAAUCCCUUUUCUACGCUAGCUCACGAAUCAGCAAAAGCCGGCAGACCAUGUCGGCUACUCCCUCAACGCCUGGUGAACCGGGUAUACUCCAACAACAACAACCGGCCCCCACCCAGCAAUUAAACCGAUCCUGUGAAUCGUGUCGAGGUCUGAAGGUCCGCUGCC